AUGAAGCCAGUAGAGAUCAGAUUUUCUCUACACAGACCUCUACAGCACAGAGAUCCAGCCAUGGUACCUACAAUCACACCAGCCACGAUCUACUCUAAGGAGCACCUGACUCUGACAAACAAGCUAAGAAACCCAGUGGUGGAGAAGUUAUGCAGAGAUCAUAUCAACAACAGCAUUGAGCAGCUCAAGUCUUUCCUGGUUCCAGAGAUCCUCAACCAGCAGCCCGACUCCAAGCUGGACAAAGCCGACAUCCUGGAGAUGACAGUUUGCAUCCUGAGACAACAGCAACAGAACCAGCCAGUGAGCUCCUCCUCCUGCUCAGCACCUGUCAAUCAGGGUUACUCCAGGUGUGUCCAUGAGAUUGUUCACGUCCUGUCUAAAGAUGAGCUGAAGACACAGUCCCAGAGAAGCCUGCUGAGCCACUUCCAGAGCCUGCAGCCAUCCUCUGAUAAGAACAGGAGGGGGAGUGACCAUCCUCAGUUGAGCUUCCCAGCCCAGCACAGCAUCAGCAAAGAGAAGAGUCCAGUCAACAUCGCCCUCUGGAGGCCCUGGUAGAGACCUACAUACUGGAGCUCCACUCAGACAAACACAAUGGAUGGACCAUGUUGGUCUAAGAUUCAUUUCAUUUACAGUAAUGAGUAUAAGUAAAUAUUUUCUUUGUUUUCUGCUUAUGCAGGAGUUUUUAAAAGUCUUGCUGUGAUUGAGACUUUUCAUUUCAGUUGUACUGAAGUUAUAAACGUUUUCCUAGAAAACAAUCUGAUCUUUGAAAACUACAUUUUUGUAGUGUUAAUUGAAAUCAUCAUAACCUUUAUGUUUUGUGAAAAAUGUUGAUUAUAUUGAUCAUGGGUUAAUAUUCAUGAUCAACGAUAGCUUGAAUGGUUCUCUAUGAGAACUUUUAACCCAAAAUGGAUGUUAUAUGAUCAGUCUGUUUGUGAUUGUAUUUGAAAAAUCUGUUUUUAUGGUCUAAAAAUUAGAGUUAUUUUUUACCACUACAUUUGUGUAGUGAUAUAGUCAUAUUGACAUUGUAUUGAACAUCUUCCGUGAAGCAUGUAUCAGUUAUAUAUUUCAUGUUGAUCAAUUUGAGCUACAGCAUCAAUGUUCCUCCAGGAGGAUUAUUUACCCAAACUGGGUAUUAUACCUGUUAUCAUCACUCUGUGAUUAGCAGUAUUUGAUUUGUUUAAACAUCGAACUCCAUUUGUGAAAUUGUCGAUCAUGUUAUUUGAAUAAUGAUUUUAUUGCAAAUGGGAGAACAAAUGUCAAAUUGAAAAACCCUUGUUAAUUUUGAACAAUUCUGUUGUCUUUAAAAAAGACAGUAACUGUGAAUUUCAUACUCGGAUAGAGUAUCAUAUCUUUCAUAAAGACAGUAACUGUGUAUCCUAUAUACUCUGAAAUAGUAUCAAAUCUUUCAUAAAAACAGUAACUGUGUAUCCUAUAUACUCUGAUAGAGUAUCAUAUCUUUCAUAAAGACAGUAACUGUGUAUCCUAUAUACUCUGAUAGAGUAUCAUAUCUUUCAUAAAGACAGUAACUGUGUAUCCUAUAUACUCUGAUAGAGUAUCAUAUCUUUCAUAAAGACAGUAACUGUGUAUCCUAUAUACUCUGAUAGAGUAUCAUAUCUUUCAUAAAGAUAGUAACUGUGUAUCCUAUAUACUCUGAUAGAGUAUCAUAUCUUUCAUAAAGAUAGUAACUGUGUAUCCUAUAUACUCUGAUAGAGUAUCAUAUCUUUCAUAAAGAAAGUAACUGUGUAUCCUAUAUACUCGGAUAGAGUAUCAUAUCUUGGAUAUUUGUUCAAGUCUUGUUGUGAUGUUUAAUCACGUUAUUUCUCUUGAAAUUUUUACCUUAAAUUAAGGUAUUGAUGAUGUGACUCAUUCAGUCACUCUGAAUAAAUACACAAAUCUUCAUUUGAAA